AUGUCUGCAAAGCAAUUCUAUCUCCUUGGAGAGCCAGUCUCCUCCGCCAAGAACAUCGAUGUCGACCCGAAAAGUGAUUUGGGUGAACUCAAGGAUUUGAUUGCAGCUCACUUCGCAAUCGUUGAGCCAAAUGGCAUCGGUUUCGAAGCUCAAGACUCCCAGCUGAGCGAAGUCUCGGAGAUCACUUCAGCCACCACUCCCGUCGCCAUCACCAUCGAUGGACAAGCGGUCCGUGAUCCUCCUGGCCCGAAGGGCCUCCCCUAUGUCGGAAAUUUCUUCGAAGUCUACCCAGACCAUCUUGGAAACCACCAGCGUCUCUUCGAACAAUACGGACCGGUCAUCAAGACAGUCAAUCUGGGCCGCACGACUUAUCAAACCAAUGACCCCGCUAUCUCCGCGAUUGUUUUUGCCGAAUCUGAUUUUUUCACAAAGAAGAUUAAUGAGGCCCAUCCACUCUAUCCUCUAAAGCAGCCUAGCGCUGGUGUUUUCCUUGGAGAUACGGAUACUCCCGAGUGGAGAGUCGCCCACAAGUUUUUACCGCCAGCUCUCGGCCCGAAGGCCGUUCGUCACUAUGCACCAACAAUGCAGAAGACAGUGGAGGAUGCCUUCAAUGUUUUCGAUAAAUUUGAUGAGCAGGGUGAAGCCUGGAAUGUGUAUCAGUAUAUGCUGAAGCUCGGAGCUCAAGCAGUGGGCAAGCUCACGCUUGGCUUGGAUUUCCACCACUUUGACUCUCCGGACGCGAAUUUGCAUGAGAUGGUGCAUUUGAUUGCUGAACUUCUUUCUCUCAAUAAGAAAGUCGCAUCCAAGGGAGAUUGGUAUGGUAAACUGCCAUUCGGUGAUCCACAGCGGCUCCGAACGAUCAAAGACAGAAUUGCAAAGAUGGUGGAGGAAUCCAUUCAGAAAGCUGCACGUGGUGGUGUUGAAGACCUACCGCUUCAAGAUGCAGCGCUGACAGCGUCUAACAUGGUCGACUAUGCCAUCCGUGCAACCGACAAUAAAGGUGAGAAGCUGCCCCAGGAAAGCUUGAUUUGGGCUCUCGUCGUCGCAACCGCAGCCGGCUUCACGACGACCAGUUCACUUCUUUCCUGGCUCAUUUACGGCCUUGUCACGUACCCAGGAAUGCAAGACAGGCUACUCCAAGAACUCGUUGACAAUGGCAUCGACGAAAACACCGAGAUCACAGCAGACGUUACAGAACGUCUCGAUUUCCUCGAUAAGUACAUCAAGGAGACCCAGCGUCGCCACAACCCGAGUUUCCAACCGGGACGAACCGCUAAGGUCGACCUAGUGCUUCCGGGAGGGUACAAGCUCGCCAAGGACUCGGUUAUUCUCCCGGCGCUGCACCACAUCCACAACAACCCCGACCUGUGGGAUAAUCCUUACCAGUUCAACCCUGAUCGCUGGGACACCGAGGCGGUCAAGAACAGACAUAAGGCUGCGUAUAUUCCAUUCGCCACCGGCCCGCGUAUGUGCAUUGGGUUCAACUUUGCCUUGCAGGAAGUUAAGGUUUUCCUCCCCAAGCUCAUCUUCCGGUACAAAUUCACUCGGGAGGGCAAUGACCCCAUCGAGUAUGACCCCAUGUUCCAGUUGAUUCGCCCCAAUAACCUCUAUGUUCGUGCGGAGAAGAGGGUGAAAUGGCCUCCUAAGACGGAGACAUUGGCAACAGCGGAUGUUUGA